UUCUGUUCGUAUAUGCGCGUUCAAUGCAGAGAAGUGCUAGUCCACUUAGACGCUCUUGGCCCAUGGUAGAUCGGAGGUAUGUCUUUACACGACGUAAGCCACUGAAAGACCUUUCUGCCGAGCAGGAGGUAGCAGGUAUUGUAGCCAAAAUAGAACACACUCGGUAGAAUACCGGUAGAACUUCGUCUAGCCCAUUUUGGUGCAUCUUUUCUACAACCGUCGCGGCAUUUUUCAUCUUUGCUGCAUCCUUGAUCGAAAAAUUCUGAAAUAUAUUUUUCUCACCUUUGAGGAUGUCAAUAUCUAACGUGUAGAAAGAUUAUACUAAUGCCAGGUUCUUGUCGGAUGGGACUGAGUUGAAAACUACGUCUGCCAAGGCACACAAGAUAUCUUGAUCAUUACUCUCGAAACGUGACUUCAUCUCAAGAAGGACUUUAUCUAGGGUCUGGUAAUAUGUUGUGAUGCGGUAGUUACUCUUGGCAGUUGGCUGUAGAUCACUACUAGACUGUUCACCUAUGAGAGCUUGCAAUCGAUGUGAUGGCCUCGAUCUCGGUACUUUGGCAUCUUUGAAAAUAAAUUCGGAGCCUUGGAUAUUCUUUUUCACUGUUUGGGAAGCAAUUUCUGCUCUCGACCAGAUAAGUUGAAAAGAUUCUUCAUUUCGGCACUUGCGCAAUGCUAUAAUAGAGAGUUUCCGAAAACAUGACGGCGACGGCAACUUCGUUCAUGACGUUGCCGUCGCGGUUUCGUGUAUUAUUCAUUCCGUCAAAUGCUCAUUUUGGUGCGAAACGUGAAAAUGUUAUAGUACUCACUGGUUUCAUACUUGAACAAAAAUGCCGAGUUUUAGAGAAAAUAGAAAUGCUUUGCUAAAUGCUCAUGAUGAAGGUUUUAUUGACGACGAAGAGUUCUUAAUGCUCUAUGAUGUUAACAGAUCAACAAAUCUUGAUUUGCCAUAUUGGGACUACGAACAAUUUGACCUGGAUGACCUUUGCAACGAUGAGUGUAAAGCUGAGUUUCGUUUCUUAAAAAAUGACAUAUACACGCUUUAUGAAGUUUUGCAAAUCCCAGAAGAAAUGAAAUGUGUCAAUGGUUUUAAAGUUUUAGGUCUGACUGCACUUUGUGUUCUUCUCAAAAGAUUUGCAUAUCCUUGCAGGUAUUUGGGUAUUAUGCCUAGAUUUGCCCUAUCUGUCCCACAACUUUCAAUGAUAAGCAACCUUGCUAUGAACUUUGUUUAUGAUCGUUGGGGUCGUUUACUUCAAACAUUUGAACAAGAAUGGCUUAAUUUCACCUGCAAACUUACAACAAUAUGCCCACACAAUUCAUGAUCAUGGUGCACCUUUACCAAAUUGCUGGGGAUUCAUAGAUGGUACUGUAAGGAGAGUUUGCCGACCAGGUCAACACCAAAGAGUAUUAUACAAUGGCCAUAAAAAGGUACAUGCCAUAAAAUUCCAAUCUGUCGUAGCACCUAAUGGAAUGUGUGCUAAUCUUUAUGGCCCUGUGGAAGGAAAACGCCAUGAUAGUACCAUGCUUGCAAGAUCACGAUUAUUAGAAUCGCUUCAACAACAUUCAAGGGCACCUGAUGGUUCUAUUCUUUGUAUUUACGGUGAUCCCGCAUACCCCUUACGUCUGCAACUCCAGGAUCCAUUCAGAGGAGCACAAGUGAACGAACAACAAAAGAACUGGAACAAGGCUAUGAGUGCUGUUCGUUGUUCUGUUGAAUGGGUGUUUGGUGAUAUUCUGAACUAUUUUAAGUUUUUGGACUUUCACAAAAAUCUGAAGAUUCAAUUAAGUGCUGUGGGGAAAAUGUACAUUGUGUGUGUUCUAUUACAGAAUUCAAGGUCUUGUUUCUAUGGCUCAACCACAUCUAACUAUUUUGAGUGUCCUCCAGCAUUAAUUCAAGAAUACUUCAGCUGAAGUGUUGUAAUUCUCUUUUUAUGACAGAACUAUAUAUAUGUAAUUUAUAACUCUGUUAUAAAUGCUCUGUCCUAAUUUAUAUGAUAUUGCAAAUUUAGUCUAAUUUAUAUGACAAUUGAUUUGAAUAUGUUGCAUCAAAGCAUUUUUUUAACAUAUACUGGGUGGCCAUUCCCAGCCCCCCCCCUUCCAGCCCCCCUUGUUGGUCUCCCACCCAAACAAAAUUGGCCCCCCACUUUAUAAAAGUAACAUAUUACUGCAUGUAUUUAAACUGUUAUCUCAGACAAUACAUUGUGUCGUUUACAGAGUGAAUGGUCUGAAUCUUUGUCUGUACUUCAUGAAAUAUUAAUGUUUUUAUGACUUUUAUAGGUUGAAAUUAAAUUACUUUUAAUUAAUUAAUUAAUUAAUUAAUUAAUUAAUUAAAUUAAUUAAUUAAUUAAUUAAAGGCAUUAUUAUUUCAAUUAUUGGCCUCUGUCUCUGAUUGUCAUGUCCACAAAUAGAAUUGGCCAAACACAUAUGAGAGAGGUUACAUGUUUCAAAGCCUUAUUCAAUGUAAAUAUAAUCAGUCAAGUUAUAGGAACUGUCCAAGGGACCCUUACCCCUUGGUUCAGGUCAGUAAGGUCAGAAGGGGUCACUACCCUUCUGGCAUUUGCUCUUGGGACCUUUACCCCCAGGGCAGCCCUAGGGAUCCUUGCCCCUAGUGUUUUCAGAGCGGCCAUAUAUACCCUGCGGGAUAAAAUGUAAGGCCAUGAAGAGUCUGUUGGAUUAAAUAUACUUAUAGUAUAGCACUGAUUGUAACAGGAGUACUUCACCCCCAUAACCCAUUCUCCCACACAAAAGCCGUUUGUGUCUACUCUUAAUUCGCAGCCAGUCUAAAGCCAAUUUAUAUAUAUUAUAAAUUUAAGUAAGUCUAAAACAGUUCAAAAUACUUCUUGAGGUUCACAAAAUUAUUGUGCUUUUGUGACAUGUUGAGUAAAGAGUUUGAUUUUGAAAUAGAUAACUAUGAAAGCAAAUAUGUAUUAAUGUCAACAGUUCACAAAGUUUCUUUUAAAAGCUUUGCAACAACAAAAAACAUAAACAAACAUAAGAUGGCAUGCAAAUUCUACUUUUGUUCAUUCUGUUUUGUUAAAAAUUGUAUCAAAGCAAGGUUAACUUGUUGUUGUUGCUGCAACAAAGCUUGAUUUUGUUCAUUUUGUUGCAUAAUCAUCUGAUAUAGUCUCUCUGAUUCUGUCUUCUUCUCCUCCAGUUCAGCUUUCUUAAGUUCCAACUCUUGUUGUCGCACAUGCAUUUCUUUCUCACUCUUCUCUCUCAAAUAAUUUAUGGUGUCGUCAGACCUCCUUCGUUUUGGUGCUGUCUCUUCUCUAUCGCUACCUUUCCUUCUGGAGGUUUCUCCUAUAGUUUCAAGAGAUUGCAACCGCAGUUCCUCUGCUUGCUGCAUUUCAUUAUCCAUUGCCUCUCUUUGCUUUUCCUUUUCCAGAUGCUUUGUCAAAUCACUGUCCUUAAACAAUUCAAUAAUUUCACGCAAGCCUUUUUCCAUCUCACUCUCUUCCUCUGGUGCAAUCCCUGAUGCUCGAUCCAUUUCAUUCGUUUUUUUAAUAUAUUUUUUCUCCAGCAAUUUAAAUCUAUCUCUGACAGAUCUGUCUUCCACCCUGAAUGAAGGGUCAACAAUUUGAUUUAAGCUUUCAGCAAUACUUUUCCAACAAUUCCCUCUUUCGGGUGAACCUUUCUUGAAAUUCCAUGGCUCGAACAUAAGGAUCUCACGAAUAAAUAGGUCAUCAUGCCUUGUAGUCCAGCACAUAGGUUUAAUACUAUUAAGUAAACAAACAGAAAUGUAUUAAAACAAAAUUUGCCCAUCUAUAAAGUUAAACCAACAAGUGAGAGCUACUAUGCUUGCAACCAUUACAUGACAAAUCUAGAAACGUCCCACAUAGAAAAGGUCAAUUUAUAGGUUCCCAGCAAUAUUUGACAAAGGGCUUUGUCGAAACGUUCGAGGAACGUUUAGGUAUAUUUUGUUGCUUUGUUUAACGAAUACUAGCCAUUGCCCCACUAUGCAUCAAAACACUUUGUUUUGUCGUAUAAAUCAUGUUGGAGUGCAAGUACAGGUCAAAAUAAACAUAUAUCCACCUUUUUUGUUUCUCCUGAGCAGCCAAAGUCGAGGAAGUCGAGGCCAAAGCAGCCAUGUUUUCUCCCUUGAUCUCGCGUCGUAGCUGCAACGUGAAGUUUAUUUACUUCACGUCGGUCGCGUGAAACGAGAACGUCAAUUUGGGGUUUCCUCUGACUUGCGCAUGCGCAGUUUCAUAAAACUACCGGUCUCGCGUUGCCGCCGCCGUCGCCGUUGUGCUUUCGGAAACUCUCUAAUGUGCACUUGAGACUGGUAUAACUUAACUAGUGCAUUCAUAUAUUUAUCUUUAUUGUCUUGCUCAAUCUUAAGCUGUUCGGCAAUUUUAAUUGACUCUUCACAAGGGCCAUCGUUUUCUAUAUGGACCAAUAACGUUGACCAUAAUUCCUGUAUCUGCAUAUGGCAUGAGGAUAUUUGACCUUGCAUUCUUUCUAUUUGCACAUCAAUUUGUGAUAAAUUCCCUUGCUGCACUUGGGGGUACAAUGCCUUUCGUGUUAUGUUCUUAUAAAUAUAUCUUAAAUGAUUAUUAAGGAAGCAAUGUGCCUGAUGCCCUGCAUAUUAACUUUAAUUAACUUCAUAUUAUGGGGGUCACCCAUAACAUGAAGUUAAUUAAAAUUAAUUUUAAUUAACUUCAUUUAAUUUUAAUUAACUUCAUAUUUAUGGGGGUCACCCAAAACUAUCUGUCCAUACAUGCUUUGUUCCACAUUUGAACCAUUUACUUAAGUGGCAAUGCAUGUAUAACACCAGAAGAUUUUACUUGUCAAGAGAAGAGUGCUGCCACUCAAUGGGUUAACAAGACCACGUGCCAGUGCAUCCUGUUAACCUUUAUGUGGCCAGCAAUGCACCCUGAUGCCCCUACUUUAUAAUUUUACUCUGUAUAACGCCAGACGAUUUUAAUCAUCAACAAUAGAGAGCUGCCACUCACUUGAUCUAUCUCCAUACAACUUCAUACCUAACACUUACAUUGUAUGCAGAGAAGCAUUAGCUGGGGUAAUUUCAAAUAAUAAUGAGCUUAUAAUUAUUAUAUAUUACUUUAAUUUAAUUUCAUUUCAUUAAAAGAUACAUAGUUUGACCUUUCCUUUGAACUCUUUUGAGUUGACAUGAUGGAAAUACGGCCGUAACUGCUCUCGUAGCAAGACUUUUAUCAUUGUCACCAAGUCCCAGAAAAUAUAAAAUAGACUUCUGAUCACAUUCUUUUUCACUACACUCUUCAAACUCUUCAUGUAAUUUCAGUUGUAAUUGUUCUUGUCUUUUUUUAACAUCUCUCCCAGACAAUGAAUGCUCUAUUAAAUUAAUGCAGUGUAAUAAAAUCUAGGCAACUGAUUUUUAUUAGACUCCAUCUUUUCCACACCACUUUAUGGGGUGUGGAAAAGACAGAGUCUAGAAACAACUGCAGUCAGGCUUCAGCUUUGUAAUAUAAAACAAUGUCAGCUUUGAUAGUUUUCAAUAUCACACUCAUCCUUAUCAAAUAAAUUAUUUGUUCUACCUUGUUUAUAUUCUACAUUGACAUCCUCUUUCACUGCCUCAUUAUGAUAUGUUUCUUGGAUGUUGCGCCUUACUUGUUGACCUUAAAAUAUGAAAAUUAUGAGCAAUUAUAAUGCCAUUUUUAAAAGAUAUACGUAGUCGCACUGGUAAGUUUGGACAAAACACCCAUGAAAAGGUAAUUGUUCAAAAUUAAGGGGAGGGGUGGUGUUGUGGUGGUGGUUAAACUUCAACACAACUAAUGCAUGAGUCAAUUUGUACUGUUACCAUCCCCCCUGGGCAAUCCUGGGGACAAUGCAAAAGAAUACAUCCCAGGGGUGGGGAAUUGUUAAACACAUUUUAUCCCCGGGGGUAUAGGGUGGGAACCCAGUGAAGAGAUAAGUAAGAGCCUGGUAACUAAAUAUCAAAAUUUCAAAAUGACAAUGAAAAUUUUGAAGAAUUUAAAAGAAUUGUUGUUUAGCAAGUCACCAGAGUUU